AUGACAUUCACAUCAAUCCCCAUCCUCGACUACUCUCUCUCCCUCUCCCCAACCACAAAACCCACCUUCCUGUCCGACCUCCGCGAUGCAAUCGUCAACGUCGGCUUCUUCUAUCUCAAAAACACCGGCAUCUCCCCGCACGUGCAAUCGCGUUUCGUGGACAUCUCAACAGCAGUGUUUGAUAUCCCGCUUGAGAGAAAACUCGAGAUAGAAAUGGUUAAUAGUAAGCAUUUUUUGGGAUACUCGAGACUGGGCGCCGAGAUUACGGCACAAAAGAUGGAUUAUAGGGAGCAGUUUGAUUUUGCGACCGAAUUACCCCCUCCUGGGCCUGAUGAGCCGUUAUAUCGCAAUAUCCGGGGACCGAAUCAGUGGCCCGAUGAAUCUGCCAUCCCCGGCUUCCGCACCGCAAUAGAAGCAUAUCUUUCCGAAAUCCGCCCAUUAGCAGAAUCAUUCGAGAUUCUCUUCGCAGAGGCCCUCGAUCUCCCCUCAAACGCUCUCCAUCGCUUCUUCGACGUGCCCCAACAACACAAGUUGAAACUAAUCAAAUACCCGCCCCCGCCGCCAGAGUCAGAUACGACAGUGCAAGGCGUAGGCGCGCACAAGGACUCGGAAUUCCUCACCCUCCUCCUCCAGGGCACGCCGCAUACAGGCCUCGAAGUCCAGAAUAAAGCCGGCGAGUGGAUCCCCGCGCCGCCGAUCGAGGGGACGUUGGUGGUGAAUAUCGGGCGCGCGUUUGAGGCGCUCACGGGGGGUGUGUGUACGGCGACGACGCACCGGGUGAGUCUUUCACGGGAGCAUUAUGUCGAUGAGGAGGGGAAGAGCAGAGGGGCACGGUUUUCAUUUCCCGUGUUUUUGGGGAUGGGGUUGGAUUUGUCUGGGGAGAGUGUGGAGGAUUUGGGGAUUCCGGGGCAUAUUAAGGCGACGGUGAAGGAGGAUAAGGUACGGACGGAUGCGCAGGGCACGUUUAAUAGCAUGUUCAAGGGGAGGUUUGGAGAGGGGACGUUGGUGCAUCGUGUGUUGAGCCAUCAGGAUGUGGGGAGAAGAUGGUAUCCAGAGUUGUUAUCGUGGGCGUUGAGGGAGGAGGAAUUAAAAGGCACGAAACAAUAA